GCGCUUUCUCCCAGUAGCAGCAACAGCAGAGACAGCAGCAGUAUCCCCUUAACAGCUGUUUACAGCGACUUGCGUGGGGAACAGGCAGGGCUGUAACACAAAUAUAGGCGUUGCCAGCAUCUACGAAAUGUCUCUCAGAUCCGAAAGAAAGGACAUGUAAAUGAUUCUUCUGGGAAAGGGAUCUUCCUUUUUGUGCCGUGCUGCAUUCAUUUGAAGGUUUAUAAUGUGGUAAGCUGUCUCUUCUUCGCUUUAUAUAUUAAACAGCAUUGUAAAUGUAGACGGGGAGAGAUGAUGCAGAACGGGUAUGCUGCUGAUCGGAGCAUCAUGUUAUUGAGGGAUAGCAUAUGAAUGCAUUUGUAUGACAGCUGGAUUUAUUUAAAAAGAAACCACGGGUUGCAUUUUUGUCAGUGAGCUGCAAAGAUGUCCAAAGUAAAAAACUGCGAGACGGUCAAAGUGGUCGUGAGAUGCCGCCCAUUGAAUCGGAAAGAAGAAGCGACGGGCUAUGAAAGCAUUGUUGAUAUGGAUGUCAAAUUAGGACAGGUAGCUGUUCGGAAUCCGAAGGCUGCCCCUGGAGAGCUACUGAAAACAUUCACGUUUGAUGCUGUCUACGAUGCCAAUUCGAAACAAAGCGACCUAUAUGAUGAGACUGUAAGACCUCUCAUAGACUCUGUAUUGCAGGGUUUCAAUGGGACUAUAUUUGCUUAUGGGCAAACUGGCACUGGUAAGACUUACACGAUGCAAGGGUUAUGGAUGGACCCAGAAAAGAGAGGCGUUAUCCCAAAUUCGUUUGAGCACAUUUUCACACAUAUAUCUAGAUCCCAGAACCAGCAAUACCUGGUGAGAGCAUCAUAUUUAGAGAUCUAUCAAGAAGAAAUCCGAGACCUCCUAUGCAAAGACCAGACUAAGAAACUGGAGCUCAAAGAAAACCCAGAUUCUGGGGUUUACAUCAAAGAUCUCUCUUCUUUUGUAACCAAAAAUGUCAAGGAGAUAGAGCAUGUUAUGAAUGUGGGGAACCAGACUAGAGCCGUUGGGUCCACCAACAUGAAUGAGCACAGCUCCAGGUCCCAUGCUAUAUUUGUCAUUACAAUUGAGUGCAGCGAGACUGGCAUAGAUGGAGAGAACCACAUUAGAGUUGGCAAGCUGAACCUGGUGGACUUAGCCGGCAGUGAACGGCAGAGUAAAACAGGAGUCCAGGGGGAGCGCCUCAAGGAAGCCACCAAGAUCAACCUGUCCCUCUCGGCUUUAGGGAAUGUGAUUUCUGCCCUAGUGGACGGAAAGAGCACCCACAUUCCUUAUAGGGACUCUAAACUGACUCGCCUCCUGCAGGAUUCCCUGGGUGGCAAUGCUAAGACUAUUAUGGUAGCCACCUUAUCCCCAGCAUCCUACAACUACGACGAAACCUUGACCACCCUCAGGUAUGCCAACAGGGCCAAGAACAUCAAGAACAAGCCCCGGGUGAACGAAGACCCCAAGGAUGCCCUGCUGAGGGAGUUUCAGGAGGAGAUCGCCAGGCUCAAGGCCCAGCUGGAAAAGCGAGGCAUGCUGACCAAGAAGAGAAGGCGGAACAGUCGGAGGAACAGGAAGAGCCUGGAUGGCGAGGAGAUCACGGACUGCGAGGGCGAUGAAGAGAUUCUUGCCAGUGUGGAGAAAGAUGUGGAAGACUAUGUGAAGGAGCAGGAGGAGAAGCUGGAGCUGGAGAAGGCGGCCAUUCUGGAUGACCACAGCCUGGUGGCAGAGGAGAAGCAGAAGCUUCUGGAUGAGAAGGAGAAGAUGAUGGAUGAUCUGAGGAAGGAGCAGGAAGCUACAGAGAUGCUUACAGCCAAAUUCAAGGCUAUGGAGAGUAAGUUGCUGGUGGGUGGAAAGAACAUUAUUGAUCACACCAACGAGCAGCAGAAGAUGCUGGAGAUGAAGAGACAAGAGAUUGCAGAACAGAAGCGGCGCGAGCGGGAGAUCCAGCAGCAGAUGCUGGUUCAGGACGAGGAGACGGUGGAGCUGAGAGAGACGUUCUCCUCCCUGCAGCAGGAGGUCGAGCUCAAGACCAAGAAGCUGAAGAAGUACAAAAAGCUGUACUCCAAGCUUCAGGCCGUGAAGGCUGAGAUACAGGACCUCCAUGAUGAACACGUGAGAACCAGGCAGGACCUGGAGCAGACCCAGAAUGAGCUGACUCGAGAGCUCAAAUUCAAGUACCUUAUCAUCGAAAACUUCAUUCCUCCGGAGGAGAAGAACAAGAUCAUGAACAGGCUUGUCUUUGAUGCAGAAGAGGAUCAGUGGAAGUUCCAGCCCCUUGUCCCUGCUGGAAACAAAAAUAUUCAGAUGAAGAGAAGGCCGGCUUCAGCAGUGGGCUACAAGAGACCAAUCAGCCAGUAUGCACGGGUUGCCAUAGCAAUGGGAGCUCACCCUAGAUACCGGGCUGAGAACAUCAUGUUCCUGGAGCUGGAUGUGACGCCACCAGCGGUGUUCCAUUUAGACUUCCCCAAAACUCUGCCAGAGCAUGACCUGGCCCACCAUUUGAGCAGAGACCUGCUGCUUGACAAUGCCGCCUACAGAGAAAGAACCGCUGCCAACCGCGUCAGGAAGUCACGCUCAUGGUGUCAAGCCCCAAGAAUAGUUUCAUCCUCAUCUUCAAGCUUCUCCCUGGCUUCUGGAUCUCCCUACUUCCCCCUCUCCCAGGGGGCCGCAGCUCCUUCCCACCAGUGAGGCUGCUCUCCUCCUGUGGAGAAAGCAGUCACACGAGGCUUGUACGGCCUGCUUAUAGCUCAGGCGCUGCCAGCUUCCAAUGAGUCCUGUGGUUUAAGAAGUUUCUGUUGUCUUAUUUUUAUGCAAGAGGAGCUACUAGGUUCUUCAUAAUGAUUUACUAAGCAUAAAAAACGGUAUUUCGGGAUGGAGGUUUCAUCUGAGCCAGUUACCGAGGCCUGCAAAGCUCUUCAUUACAACACAGAGAUUGUAUUUAACCUCAUUAGCUUGUGGAUGACGUACAGUACAAAAGCCCAACCCUUAAAUGUACAGUAAAUGGUGGUAAAAUGCUGUGCUUAGUAAACAUUGUGAGGCAAUCAAGCAAUUUUUAGGUUUCUUGCGUAAAAUGUAAAAUUACUGGAAGAGCGAACCGCACUGUUUUGAAAAGCUUCAGGUUUUUAACUGGGGAAACCCUGGUUCUAAAUAGCUGCAAUGGUCUUGAGUUUUUCUUCUUGGGUUUUCUGGGUUUUUUUUCUAAGAACACUUACUGUCUUGAGAAAUGUGUCAUGCACCUGAAGUUACUUGAACAGCCAAUAGUUAACUGACAUUUUAUGUUAUUUAUUUGAAAACUGAAGAAUAAAAUGUAACAUUUGUGGAAGUUUAUUAAUCCCAUUCAUUCUGGAAAUGGCAGAGACUAGUAUAUCAAGUACCAUAAUUGUUAAUGAAAAUCAUCUUAUACAUAUUUAAAAACAAAUAUGAGAAAAAAACCGUUCUUCCAAUCAGGUGAUAUUUUCACCUAAUUUUCUUAUUUCCUGGAUGAAAGUCCUGUUAUAAUGGUCUUUUGUCUGCACAAGCAGACUCUCUUUCUUCAUUGUCCAUUGUCAUAGGUGAACAACCUAACAUGCUAAAAAAGAAGUGCAAAACAACAGCUUGUACUUAAGACUUCUACAGUAUUAAAUCUAAGGAAUGUUUUCCAAAACCGGUGUUUUAAGGAUAAUUCCAUUUAUAAAAGUUAAAAAAGAAGAAAAUAAAACACCAUUUUGGCUGUGGAGCUUUCUUCCGGUGUGCAAACUAGCUUUCUCUUCUUUUCAAGUGAAUUCAGUGGAGGGAUUUGAAUAAACCAGGAAAGCACAUCCACAGCUUUGGAGGGCAACAGACCUGAAAAGAUCUGAAACUAAUUGCUGUCAUAUUUGGCUUAACUGGACCAGUUUGAUACCUUUACCCAGUUGUUUAGACGCUAGGGAUGCAUGCAAAAAGACUCAUAAAACCCACUGCACUGUAAUCCUUCAGAGCAGGAGCUGUGUUCCUCUGGUAUUGACACUAAAUAGGCUAGUUGUUUUUUUUUCACAAAAUAAAUAAAAAGUUGAUUUUAAGAGUAGCUUUUCAUCCAUGGGACUCUUGAGUGUUUCCACCAGUUAUAGCUGUAGGGCGAGGAGUAAUCCGAGCACCGAGGUCCAGCUGUUGCUACUUCCAGUCUACCCUUUGUCAAUCCAUCGAAUAUGCUGAAAUAUCCUCAGUUUGCUGCACAACAGCGUCCUCUUGGUCCUGCUAAGAGUUUGUGUGCGUGCUGUGCUGUCAGAGGUAGUCACGUCACUCCUCCAGUUGAUACCAGUUCUGCUGCACAAGCAGUGUGGGGUUCACAGUGUGAAAAAUGUCAGAUGGCUCUGACCGGAUAGCAGUCAGUUAGCAAAGCUGAUUAACAAUUGGUGAUUCUUCACCUAGGAGAGAAUACCCUUUUCCCUUUGAGUAAAGAAGGGCCUCCUGUUCUUGGUUUUAAAUGCACUUCUAUAUAGUUCCUAUUUGUGUCUUCUAGUUCAUUUUUCGCAAUUGAAAUUUACACUAUGACGCUCCCUUGUAUAAAACACCUCUGGCCUGGUUCAGCUUUGUGGGCCUUUAUUCUUGCUGUCCGUUGGCCAGAAAUGACUUAAGAUGAGUGUCAAUAUUUCUUAUGUCCUGCAAAACUUCCUUUGAGAGUUGUAAAAAAACAUAUAUACAGCAUAUAUUCCAUUAUUUGUGUACUUACAUAUAAAAUUACAUGUGAUGUAUGUACUGUAUUGUAGUACUUCACCUGAGAGAAAAGUGGUGGUGGACAUGUGGGAACUGAUGUGUACAUUCCAUUUUGUCAUGUGAAUAAUGUUUUAUAAAAUAAUCAUUAUUCUUUGAUUUUCAAUACCUGCACGUCAGUGAAAAACUCAUCAUUCUGUUAUAGGCACAUCUAGGCAAGUUUAUGAAUACAAUAAGUAGCAAAAAAAUAGUUUAAGAAAGGUAAUACUUGAAAAUAAAACUUGUUUACCAUGUGUGGGCAAAGGAAAAAUUUCAACAUACAAAAGAUGAAUAGAUUAGGAUCUACAGAUUUUGACAGACUGAAACAUCUGUCCCUGUUGAAGCAACUGGCACUCCUUUCCUGUCUUUGAGAAAGUCACUUGUGAGCUAUAGAGAAUAUCAUUAGUCCAUUGCAAAAAAUGCCAUUAUACUGAGUGUGACUGUUUAAUCCCUGAUCAUAUUUCAUAGAAAGGAAAAAGACUAUAAGAAAUACUUCUGGUGGAGCACAGGAAACUCAAUGUUUAAGUAAGCUUGCUUUUAUGCAUUGGGCCUAAUGUGAUAUGUCAAAUAGUAAAGUGGACCUUGGGUAAAAUGAUAUGGGAUGGACCUCUGGCAAUUCAGACUGAAGAUAAGGUUGAUACAUUUGGGAUUGCAGAGGAUAUUGGGUGAGUUAAAAGAGCAAUGCAAUAAGAAUUAAACAGAGUAAUUCUGUUUCUGAAUAAUUCAUUUUGUUUGUGAACAUUUGUUCACACAACUGCUAAUCCUCUUGAUCAGAAAGGUCACAUCCAAAGUAUGUUGUGAAUAUUCCUACUGAGGUCAAUACACUAUAUUUAAUUUUCUUUUUCCUUAACCUCCUGGAGCACUGAAACAAAUGUUACAUGAUUAGUUCAGUAUUGAGAGAUUACUAAUGGACAUCUGGUAUCCAUUUAGACUUUUUUGUUCCAAAAUAACUUAUCUUAAAGCUUCUGGCUUUGAAAUUGAUAAAAGAAAGUGUCUGACGUUUAUGUCCUUGUAAUUUCUAGUAUGUAUGAGAAGUCACAUCUCCAGGAUCUUUUGAAUAAUUUAUUUAUCAAAAGUGUUUAAAAGAUGAGCACAUACACUUUUCAGACAACAAACAGAAUAUAUAUUAAUCCAUCAUUAGUAUCAGAUGGCACAAGCUUUACACAUAUCCUUACAAAUGUAUUUACACAUCCUUUGCUGUGCCAUUUUAUGAAACUAUAAAAUGAUGCAUAUACUGUACAUUUUUUAAACUGAACAUUUAAUUCAAGACCUCAGUCCUCAAACUGAAGAAUAAAUAUAAGGAUAAAAUAGCUUACAUCAAAUGUCAGCCAAAAGUAAAGAGAAAAAAUAUUUUCACUGCAUAAAUAUUCAGACUUGGUCUUUGUUGGAAGCGCCUUUGGUAAAAAUCACAGCUGCUAAUCUUUUUGGAUAAGUCCCUAUCAACUUUGCACACUGGAUUCAUGCAAUUUAUGCCCUUCCUUUUCGGCAGAUUGCUCAACCUCUCUCAAGUUGUUUCAGGAUCACUUACGGACAGCAGUUUUUAAAUCUUUCAACAGAUUCUCAAAAGGAUUCAAGUCAGGGCUAUGACUGGGGGCCAGUUAAAGACACAUUACUCUCUUUUUCUCAAGCCACCCCAGUGUAGGUUUGACCCUGUAAUUUGGAUCAUUGUUCUACUGAAAGGUGAAUACAUGUGCAUGCUUUUUUCUCCGUCAGUCUUGACAAGGUUCCCAGUCCUUGCCGAUGAGAUUCACAAUGAUCAUAUAAAGCCGCCAACUCCAUACUUGAGAGUAAUGAUGGUGUUGACUGAGGGCUGAACUAUGCUGGGUUUGAGGUAGAUGUAAAUCUUAAUAUUUAGACCAAUUUUUGUCUCGUCUGAUCAUAAAAAUGUUUACCACAUGUUUGCACUACAAUGUUGGUGCUUUGCUAAGAACAUCCGAUGCAGGAUGGUUUUUUUUGCUGACUCAUUGGCAUUUUCUCUUGUAGUAUCUCAACUACAAAAAUCUGUAACUCUUUCAAAGUUGUUGUUGGCUUCACAUUGGCAUCCCUAACUAGUUAUUUCCUUGUCUGGCUGUUCAGUGUGUAGGCACAGCCUGAUCUAGACAGUGCCUGGUUAUCUUCCACUUCUUAAUGAUAAACGUCACCACACAUAAAGAGAUAUUAACGGUCUUUAUUCUGAAAGCUCCUUGGUCUUCAUGAUUGAAUCCUUGCUUGACAUUCACACAGAGGCCAGUUUGAGCUCUUCAUUUAGUGUUCUUGUGCAACCAUGACAUUUCCAUUUUUCUUUCAUGUUAAUUUUCUGCUUCUUUCUUUUUGGUUUAUGCUUUGAAUAUGUGGAGUACAUUUUGUAUAUAACAAAUAUGAAUUGCUACAUCAAAUUGUCAUGACUGCAGGCUUUAAAGCAAGAAAAUCUGAAAUCUAUGCAAAGGUCUAAAUUCUUUUGCAAGGUACUGUGGAGCAUCUUGGCAAACCUAAAUGAUAUGAUACGAUGGCAGAAAACAAAACACUUAUUAACAUCUCCAUUGUGUAAUGAAAUCCUUAUCUGUUCAUGCCUUGGGAACGUACAGUACAUACAACUGUUAUACCAUGAUUCUAUGCUGAUCUUAAAAUCUGAGGAUUUUACUAAGGGUUUGAAGACCAAGUGCUAUGUUUUAGCUGCACUGAUAAUGACAUAUUGAGUCUUGACUGUGUCAUGAGUGAGUGAUACGAAAGUGAGAAACUGUAUAAUUCACCGGUUAUUCCAUUUACAUCAGUUCCCAUUGUGAUUAGUUUGAUCUCAGGCCAUCCGCAAAUUCAUAUAUUUUUUGUUUGGGUGCAAAUGAGUUCUUUUUUGGUAAAAAUGGUCAAACCUCCGUCUACGUAUGAUGAGAGUAGAACAGCAGCCAGCUCACUGAAAACGGAUGUUUACAAUGCAUUUAUUAAAAUAUUCAGACACAGAAAAAGGAAGUAAAACUUUUAUCCAGAUCUUAAAGAAUACAUUUUCAUAUCCUUCAUUAACCACUCUCAUCAGAGAUUUUUUUACCCCUUCAUAUUUCUGUAAAAGACUCACAUAAUUAAGACUCACAUGAGAAAAGAUGAUUGUUUAUAUUCUCUACUACUUCGCACAGCCUCAAAAAGUUCUUUACUGUCUUGCUAGCACAAAUAUCCACAAAGCGUUGUAAAUACUGAAGGUGCUUUGGAUAAAUAAAAAAUAGGAUUUUUUUGGCAGGGGUGUAGGGGUGGGGGCAGGACAACAACAUUUUUAUGUAAAAUACAGGGGUUUCAAUAUUUCUGUGUGUGGGGUCUGUUCUGCUAUAGAUUCUUUACCCUUGUCUUCUGUGAAUUCUCUACUUUUGGAUUUCUUUGGUGAAAUUAAGUGAGAGACUGUUGGAUUCUCCAGUAAAAAUCGUGAACUGCAGUGCAGCUUCAGAGUGGAGGAGGUCAGGGCCUUGUAAAGGACCAAAUUUCUUAGCCUGUUUCCAUAACAACAAGUUUGGAUUCAGAAUGAAAUGACUGUGUGGUGGCCAGACCUUUUUCUCUUAGUUUCUUUUGUUUAUUUGACUUUAUUAUUAUUUAUUUUUUGUUGCUAUUUUAUUGGUUGUGCUACUGAAAUCUGCGAUUCUGUUAUAUUGCUGAAAACUGAAAACAAUUACUUGAGCACUACCGGCAAAAAAAUAAAAACAUUUGCUGAAAA